CUGCUGUCGGUCAGCCUGAAAGCACCAAAAGGGGCGGGAAAUUUGGUACUGGUGGAGCGUUCUCGGCUGUUCCAGUAGCAGAUUGAUUAACAAAAUUGGUCAUCGACUAUAGCGGCUAGCGACACUUUUUCAGAGUAUUGUGAAGGGAAAUGCUCGAUAUAUGGCUGAGGGAGAACUAUACAAGUUAUGUAGGUUGAUGAACCUCUGAACAUGAUCCAUCAAUCAGCAUUGGUGUAGUUGCCUACAUAGAACGUUGCUUUGCAUCACCAUGUAGCUUCGCAUGGGUGGCCUGGAACGUCGCAGGCGUUUCUGAAGACAUCUUGAAUCAGCUAAAAGAGGACACCAGGAUGAGCAAUCAAGAGAAGAUGGAAUUGGACCUCGAAAUCCCAUCUUCACUAGUUCAGAGUGACGGACAACUGAGACGUUCCAACAGUGCCCCAAUGAUAAAUGGCCUAAGUGAACAUUCCCAGGUGUUCCAGAGUGAGAUUCUAUGCAGCAGGAGAAACAGCACCACUGUUGUCAACCGCCCUAAUAUAGUCCCUUCAUCACCCAUUCGUGUCCCCAGCACUAGGCUUCAUCAGCUCAAACAGGAGGAAGGUGUGGAUUUGAUGAAUAGAGAGACUGCCCAUGAACGGGAGGUUCAAGCAGCCAUGCAGAUGAGCCAGUCCUGGGAGGAGAGUCUGAGCCUGGUGAGAAAUGAUGACGCUCCCAUGAAAUCUGCAUCGUCGUCUCCAAAGCGGAUCGACUUUAUGCCCGUGUCCCCUGCCCCAUCCCCUACUAGAGGGAUAGGGAAAAAGGUAUGUGCAUCCACUGGCCUAUCCCCCAGCCGUAUACCUAGCCCAACGCGACGCUUCAGCCGGCGGAGCCAAAGCCCCAUUCACUGCAAGCCCAGCAUCCUGGGGCCCAUCAAACGUAAAGGGGAGAUGAUGGAGACUGAGAGCCAGCCAAAGAGGCUCUUCCAGGGGACCACCACAAUUCUGUCCUCUGAU